AUGGCACAAACUUUUCCGGCUCCUGCUGGUGGUGGUGGUAUGCCGCCGCCGCCCCCAAAUGGUGGUCCGGGAGGCGGUGGCGGUGGUCCGGGAGGUGAUGGCGGUGGUCCAAUGUCCUCAUCCUCAUCGCCUAUCGCAACAUACAUCUAUUUAUAUGGUUAUUCAGCUCUGUUUUUGGUCGGCUUAAUUGGAAGUCUAUGUAGUUUAUUUACAUUUUCACGUAAAACGCUGCGUAGUGUUUCAACGAGUAUUUUAUUUCUAUUCUUGGCUGCAUCCGAUCUUGGUUUUCUGUUUCUUCUCACCCACGAUUUCUUCAUCUAUGGUCUCGGUUUAACAGAUUACUACUACGUGCCACUAUGUCGUUUCCGUACAUUUUUAUCUAAAUUUUUCAUGCUCUUUUCGGCUUGGACAUUGGUCUUAGUCUCCGUCGAUCGGUGGAUUCGUACACGUUUUCCAUGGAAAUCAAAGAAGUACUGCGCACUCAAGUACCUGCUAGUUUGCGUAUUGAUUGUAACCGUAUUUUCCACUGGUCUCUGCUCUCAUCUGCUUACACCAAUGUUCGGUGAUAGUAAAAUUACUCAACUAUGCGUUGGUAACACUGCCUAUCCUACCUACUUUGCAUUUUUUGGCAAUGUUUGGGCGUAUCUCUUCCCAGUUGCACAAGGCAUUGUUCCGUCCUUACUCAUGUUAGCUUUUCUAGUUGACAUGUUUACAAAAAUUAAAUCAAGGAAACGCCAAUUGCAACCCCAAGGAGAAAGACGCAGUCGACGACAAAUCUACGUGCAACGUGAAAUGUUUAUUCUGAUGCUGGGUUCAAUUUUCAUCUUCUUCCUUACAACAGUUCCAUAUGCAAUCUACAAUAUUCUAUUAGCACGUCAUCUGUUGAACCAGAGCACGCUAACAAGAAGUGAAUUACCGGCCAUACUUUCGUUCAUCUUAGCUGUUAACUAUGCCAUUAACUUCUUUCUUCACUGUUUAACAAGUCAGCUGUUUCGUCGACAAUUUCUAAGUUCAUUAUGUCCAACCUUUAUUAAUUUUCAUCGUCGUAUCUUUCCAACAAAUUUCACACAAACCAAUACUCAGUCGAUGAUGCCGAUCGCGAAUACAACACUUCAACAAAGUACUUUACCCGAAGUCAAUAUAGUAGCUUAG